AGUCAAUCCUAGAAGAAGAUUCGGGGUUAUGAGCGCGUAGCUCGUUUGGCCUCGUGCGUUCUUCUUUAAAGCUAUAAUACUAAUGUUUUGAUAUGAAUAUGGCACUAAUCGGUCAGUACUGGAUUCAGAAAUGUUUAUCUCGAUAUGCCGGUGUCGUGGUCACCACCAUGCGGAAGCUGGAGACUGCAGUUGGCCAUCAGAACUUGUCCUUCAGGAGAACAUUUCUACAUCAGGAUCUGGGAGGGAGGAACGUCCACACCUCUGCUGGUCAGUGUGGCGACCUGCUGAAGAAGAUGCUCACCAACAGGAGGAAGAAGAAGUGGUAUGAAACUCCCCAGUCUGUACUCACAGGUCCAUCCAGCUCCAUGAAACCAGCCAAGAAAAGGACCACAGAGGACAGUUUACGAGUGCGAACCCUGAACACCAUCCUUUAUAAAGCCAUCUCUGACCUCCUGUCCUCUCAUGAGGUUCAUGCGGAGAUCCCAAGUUACAAUGUGGAGCUCACUAAAGUUUCGCUGCUAGCAGAUCACACUGCUUGUCGAAUCUACUGGAAGACGAGUUUGUCCUCUAACAGAGACGCUCAGAUUCAGAAACUUUUGGACAAAUGUGCCCCGCGGAUACGAUACCUUCUCGUCUCACAGCAGAUCUUGGGCAGUGUUCCUCCUUUAGUUUUUGUCCUAGAUAAACAGUAUGCAGCUCUGAAAGAGGUGGAAAAUCUUCUAAAGAUUGCCGAUUACGGCCCCAGUGAAGACUCUGAGAAGAUCGUCCCUGAAGAUGCCGAGACAAGAGAACACACGGUGGAGAAGAAGAGAGUCGUGCUCGGCAUUGAUCACGACGCUCUCUAUAAACAGAUUGAGGACUAUAAACAGCGGUUUGAUUUGAGAGACUCAAACAUGCAGAUCAACAACUCGGCGUCUCUGACUCAAGAGCAGCUAGACUUGUUAGCGGAGAUCAGAAAGCAGAAGCUGAUCGAGAAGAAAAAACGCAAAGCGAAGAAGAUGAAAGACGAUGACAUCACGCCCAAAGAGUUCCUGCUCAGGAGGCAACUUCAGAAGGAGCAGGAUGAACAGGAUGAAUGUGAUUCAGAGGACAGUCAGGCCUCAGAGCGGACAUGAUAAAAAUAAAUAAAUAAAUAAAUAAAUAAAAAACCUGAAAAAUA